AUGAAGAUCCCUAUAAACACUUUACCACUUUGCCUGUUCAUCUUAAAAGGGCCACUAGCAACUUGUGCUUUCUCGGUGAAUCCAUCGUCCUUGCAAGAAUCGCCCCCGAUUCACCAUCCUCGAACAACAAGAAGAAGAAGAACGAACAAGAAGAAGGAUCAUGAUUCGGUCGUAAUAAGCCCUUUGUUCUACAGAUUGCGAGAUCAGUACGAUACGAAUACUGGUAUUGGGCCACUGCAUGGGCUUGCGGGCCCAGGUAAACUGGCAGGAACUCAAGCGUUGAUUCAGGCACUUCUUCAAGAACACCACGACGAGUCAUCAUCAUCUCUGUUGGAGCUAUUGGACAAUACAAGAGACCCCAAAAUGGGCACAACACCCUUUCACUGGGCCGUAUGUGGUAUGACUACGAGCUUGCAAGGUGGUGGAGGCUCUAUUCAAGUGUGUCAAUGGAUGAUCGAUCGGGUGUUUGAGGAGGGUGGUAAAGAUUCUGUUGUUAAGCUUUGCAACCUACCUUGUAGGACCCAUCAUAGUACCCCAUUGAUGUACGCAGCUUGGGGUGGCAAUGUGAGGCUUUGUGAAUUGUUGUUGGACGAAGGUGAAGCCGACCCAAUGUACGCUGACAAGCGCGGCCAAAACGCCUUACAUUGGGCUGCGGCUGCAGGACAUCUGAAGGUAUGUCAAUAUUUGGCAGGAAAACGCUAUCAUCAAUAUUUUUCGUCAGCAUCCGCACUAUUAUUAGAAGAGGCGGAGGACGACGGCGCCGUCCAGGAGCAGGAGGGUGCUGAUUCGUCCUCCGCAAAACAUAUGGAACACGGACCAAUCCUGGAAACAGAUAACAGUGGCCUGACAUCUCUGGACUAUGCAAUACAAUACAAUCGCGAUGAUAUCAUCGAGUGGAUGAUGAAAGUGCUGUAG